AUGACAUAUGUUAAAGAUCUUGAGGAAGAAAUACAUCAUAUCCUCCAAUCUUCUUCUAAAUUACGUAACUAUAACAGUGAGUUACGGGAUAAAUACAUAAAGCAAGAGGAAAAUUUUGAUCGAGAAAGGAAGGGAUGGGAUCGGGAUAGAAAGAUGUGGAGUAAAAAACUGGGAGGGGCUAACACCGAGAUCCAGAAAUUACGUACUCAUGAUCUCAAACUCAUUGAUGAAGCUAGGCGUUUACAGAUUGAAAACGCUAAUAAAGACAUUUCUCUUGCAAAGUCCAAAGCUGAGAAUGAUAUAAAAUCCAAGAAAAUUAGAUCACUUGAGUCUAUGAUUAAGAUAUUGGAAGGUAAGUUGUCUUCAGCUCAGGAAGAUAGCUCAUUGGAAUCAAAGGUCAAUGAACUCGAGCAUCUGAAAUUGGAGGCUAUAUCAAAACCCAUAGUUGGUGGAAACAACAAAAAAAAUACGCAGAGUGAGGAACAAAGUUCCAUAACCAAGUCUGACGAUAUAUCUACAGUAUUGCAAAACAGACCGUUAGGCAAUUCUUCAAAUCAUGACACUUACGUGUCUAGUGAGGAAUCAGAGAUUCGAGGCUAUGCCUCAUCCAGUAAAGAUCUCAGUCAAUAUUUUCUACCCAGAAAAAAUGAUACCGAGAUUAUUCCCAAGGUAAGUGACGAAAUCGAUAUUAGCAAAACUAACAACAAUACACUUCAGGAAAUACCGAAUAUGACCCCUUACCUUGCACAGCCGGAAAAUAAUAUGUCCUCUUUGAUUGAAUCAAAUUCCCAGAUGGCACAUAGUGCCGAAUCUCUGAUUCCUCCGAUAGGAACAAUUCCCAUUGUGGCAAGCACUUUGAUGUCACCUCUAUCAGCAUAUAUUUUUCUUAUUCUAUUAAUUAUUGCAGUUAUGUGGUUCAUUAUAUUGAGACGCACAUGGGGAUUUGAGAGGAAAAGUGAUCAGUUACGAAAUAUGUGGGCUAGAAAAAAGAAAAAAGAGCGUGAGAGUAUGGACGAGGUCGCUUUCUUGGAAUAUAAACGAAACUUUGAGGCUAAAAUGAAAGUUCCUACUACUCCGCACAAAAAAGAAUUGAAAAAUAAAUCUUUAGUAAUCAUUGAAUAUGCAUAA